GAUUUCAGUUUCCUAAUUAAGGAAUAUUUGAGUGUAUCAAAUAGGAUUCUGUAAAUAUUUUAUCCCUAACUUUAAGGCUGUUUUUAGGUACAGCAUCCCUAGAAUUAGUAUGUUUCCUAGUGUAAAGUUUCCUAUGUUAGGCUCACUAUGUCUAUAAAUAUUUAUGUAAUUUCUUGUGAAAAAUAUAAAUGAAAUAGCCUGUUUUUAACAUGGUAUCAGAGCUUUUUUAGCCCGAUUUUUGGGAUUUUUUUUCUCUGUCUGACGAUUUUUUUCCCUGAUUCCAACCAACCCUCAAGCCUGUAAAAUUUGUUCAAACGAAACAUGACUGAAACUGUCAAGAUCAGUAACACUGGGGAUGUCUCAGAAGUUUCUGUGAACAACUCAAACCCAACAAGUAGUUUCAGAACAUCCAAGUAGCCUACAGGCUAAAUGGGAAAAAUUACCUGAAGUGGUCUCAACUGGUUCGUACGUUCUUGAAGGGAAGAGGAAAACUGAGUCACUUACUCGGAACUGGACCUAAAGAAGGAGAUCCUAAGUUUGAUGCUUGGGAUGAACAAGACUCUAUGGUAAUGUCUUGGUUAUGGAACUCUAUGAUGCCAGAAAUCAGUGAUACAUGCAUGUUUCUUAACACAUCCAAAGAAAUAUGGGAAGCUGUGAAACAGACUUAUUCUAAAGUUCAAGAUGCUGCUCAAAUCUAUGAAAUCAAGACUAAGAUUUCAUCUACCAAGCAAGGAAGUCGAUCAAUCACGGAGUAUUCCAAUCUGUUGCAAAGUUUAUGGCAAGAGAUGGAUCAUUACCAGUGCAUUCAGAUGAAGUGCAGUAAACAUGCAGCACUCCUGAAAAGGUUCGUUGAAAAGGAUCGAAUUUAUGAUUUUCUUGCUGGACUAAAUGUUGAGUUUGAUGCAGUAAGAGUUCAAGUACUUGGAAAAGAGGAACUACCAUCACUAAAUGAGACAAUUGCAAUUGUUCGUGCUGAGGAAGGAAGAAGAGGAGUUAUGGUUGAGAACAGUCAAGUGGAUAGUUCAGCCUUGGUUACAAAAGCUGUAAGUGAGAGGAGAUUUGGCCUGGAGCAGCCAAAUAGUGAAGAUAAUAGACAAACAGAACGUACAAAGCCUAUUAACAGGGAUUCCGUAUGGUGCACCUACUGUAAAAAGGCCCGUCACACUAAAGAAAGAUGCUGGAAACUCCAUGGGAAGCCACAAACAACAAAUAAAAAUUUUUCAGAAAAAGGUGGACAACCAAAGGGACAAGGACGAGCAUAUACAGCAAGACAGCUGGAUGGAAAAAAUAAUUCUCAGGAAUCACCUGUUGAAUUCAAUAAAGAAGAAAUUGAGAAGUUAAAAAAUUUGCUGGGAUCAUUGGAAAAAACUUCUUCAACAGGAACAGAAUACGAGGAGGAUGAUUGGACAUGCUAAGGAAGUAAAUGGCCUAUACUAUCUUGAAGAAUCCAGUGGAGAAGUUAGUGCUCUGAAUUCCUCACCUUCAUCUUUCAUAUCCGAAUCUAUUAAAACCAAUCAAGACCAAAUUUGGCUCUAUCACCUUCGCCUUGGUCAUCCAUCAUUUAGAGUCCUUAAAAUUAUGUUUCCUUCAUUGUUCAAAGGAUUGGCUGUUGAAAAAUUUCAUUGUGAUAUCUGUGAACUUGCAAAACAUAAACGUACCUCUUUUCCAGUAAGCAGUAAAAGAACUUUCACUCCUUUUACUCUUAUUCAUAGUGAUGUUUGGGGGCCAUCCACUAUUUCAAUUAUUUUUGGGGCUCGGUGGUUUGUAUCCUUUAUUGAUGAUUGUACUCGUGUGUCUUGGAUAUUUCUUUUAAAACAAAAAUCUGAUGUAAAGUCUGUCUUUCCAACCUUUUACAACAUGA